AUCGAAUCACCGUUUUUUAAUUGUCGUUAGCCACUAGUACAGUCCCGCCGUCCGAUCGUGGUCGUCCCGAGACCAUUGCGCCGGCCACUACACUAUUUAACAGUUUCGAAGUCGCAUCAGUGAAGAGACUUUCCCAGACGCUAACGAAACGCUGGUGGACGGGAAGUGGAGGUACUCGAGCACAGUUGAAUAAAACCAGAAGAUUUCGAAUCGAUAAUCGAUGCUCGGCCGGACUAUUCGGUUUUGACAGCGUGCUAGAAGCGGCCUACUUGUUUCGAAAGAAGUCAACGCCUGUAGAUACGCUCCGAGAUACAUUCGUCUCGUUCCUGGACUCGCAUUGUCUUCUCGGUUGUUCCUCGGACGGAACGUAUUCAAAUCCGUUCAAGGAAAUAAACGUCCGCUCGUUUCCGGCUAGUCUGUGGAAACGCAUAACAUUGGAGGUAAUAGAUUCACGGGGCAAGAAACCAACGAAGAACGAGCGUCCCGUCCACGCAGUGAGGUCACAGGAUCGUCGUUCCCGAGAUAUGGAGACGUGGAACGUGCUCGAAGCAGCCAAAUAAAAUGUUUUAUGGGUGAAACGAUACAGGGAUUUAUCAUUGGAAUUACAGCACUCUGCCGCUAGAUCUACGAGGAAGUGGUCGACCGCAGUAACACGAUUGACCGUGGUGUACCUGAAUUUUUAGAUAGUUCUUGGCCAUCGUAUUUUUCAUCGCCACAAUGGACACCGAUGUCGAAUCUUGUUUAAAAGAUUGGAACGACCUGGCACAAGAUUACAAGGAGUUGGAAGCAUUAAAUAGAGAAUAUCUUGCGAAAUUAGAAGAAGUGAGCGAAUUGCAAGCGAAAUGCUUAAAAGGUAUUUCUCAUCAGAGGUACAGAAUGGGUGUAAUACAAAAAUCAUUGAAGCAAUUACACGCAAGCGAAGCUGGAAAAAGCUUGGACAAGGAUAUGACUAAAAGAAAGCAGCAGUUACAUGAAAUAGAACAAACUUUACCUAAACCAAAUGGCACGUACCUCCAGAUUAUUUUAGGCAGCGUUAAUGUCUCCAUACUAAAUAAAAGUGAUAAAUUCAAGUAUAAAGAUGAAUAUGAAAAAUUUAAAUUAGUCCUUUCUGUAAUUGGUUUUAUUUUAUCUGUAAUAAAUCUAGUAACUAAUGUCAGAACUUUGGAACUUAGUUUUAUGUUCCUUUUAGUCUGGUAUUAUUGCACACUGACAAUAAGAGAAAGUAUAUUAAAAGUAAAUGGUUCAAGAAUUAAAGGUUGGUGGAGAUUUCACCAUUUUCUUUCAACUGUAGUUUCUGGUGUCUUAUUAGUAUGGCCUAACACAGGACCAUGGUAUGCGUUUAGACAUCAAUUUAUGUGGUUCAACGUAUACAUUAGUUUCGUGCAAUAUUUGCAAUUCUGCUAUCAACGCGGUGUUUUAUAUCGCUUGAAAGCGUUAGGCGAGAGACAUAACAUGGACAUCACUAUAGAAGGUUUUCACUCAUGGAUGUGGCGUGGAUUGUCUUUUUUACUGCCAUUCCUUUUUAUUGGAUACCUAUUUCAAUUAUAUAACGCGUACACAUUAUAUACAUUAACGUCUCACCCAGAAGCUACAUGGCACGUUCCAGUUCUCAGUGCUAUGUUCUUGGUACUUUUCCUUGGUAAUAUAAUAACAACUAUCAUGGUGAUCCCUCAAAAGUUAAGAGAACGCGUGAAAGAUCAUCUGCCCGGAGUGUUUACAUCUAAACCUGAGAAGAAAAGGGAGGUGAACGGAGAAGAGGAUAUUAAGGAUCAAAAGUUUGAAUAGAAGGACAAUAGUGUACAUUGAAUAUAUCGGUUGAUAAGAGGAGAAGGAAGAACAGAUAAUAUAGAAUGAGCGAAUCCGCAAAAUACAAAGUUAAAGGUAGUCUGAGAAAUCAAGUAGCUAUUUGUAUUAGUUCCGUACGAAGAAAUGCACAGAAUACCAAAAACUA